AUGCAGCCGCUGGAAGCGACCAAAGCCAAAGUCUCCGAUGACGCCGUGUCCAAGAAAUGCAGACUCGCCAAGAAGAAGAAAGUGGCUAAACUUAUUGACUCCGACGCCGCCAAGGUCGAUCCCGUUGUUGUUGCUACGACCUCUGCAGCGACUCGCAGUCCUGGUCCCUAUCGUGGCAAAUGUCUGUACCAGUCCCGCAAGUGCGAGAAUGAACGGGCCGUCAAACGCAAUGGCAAGCCGCACAAUUUGUGUGAGGAGCACCGGUCCAAGCAGAAUCAGCAUCAGCGCAAGUUCGACGCCAAAAAGUUUUCAAGGAAGAGACGACGGGACAGUUUGUCGGACGAAGACGCCAAGUCUGACAAGCGGUCGCACCGAAAUGAAGAGUCGAGUGUCAAGCACCAGCGGACGAACCAGGUAGCAGAAACCAGAACGCCCUCUCACGUGACUGCACCCACUUCAUUGUCAAGUAUUAGAGAGAACUACUACACUGCAGGAUCUACGCCCAUGUCAGCUCCGUUGACGAGGUUACCACCGAUUCAGAGUCCGAUUUUGCCCCCGUCGCCUGCUGUAUUCUGCUCCUAUGGUUCAUAG